AUGGAGAACUCCGACAAGAAGAUCGAGGUGGUUCUUCUGGCUUGCGGGUCUUUCAAUCCGAUCACCAACAUGCACCUUCGGCUUUUCGAACUGGCAAGAGAUGGCUUGAACGACACCGGGAAAUACAAAGUGGUCAAAGGGAUCAUUUCGCCGGUGGGGGAUGCCUAUAAGAAGAAGGGUCUGAUCAGUGCCAGCCACCGGGUGACCAUGGCAAAGCUUGCCACAGAAAGCUCCGAUUGGGUGGAAGUGAGCAACUGGGAAAGCGGCCAGAAUGAAUGGCAGGAGACUGUCAAAGUGCUAAGAUACCAUCAACAGAAGUUGAACCAUUCGUAUUCCUCAAACAACUUCGACGAAGUACCUCCUCUGAGCAAACCAGGCCGAAAGCGGAAACGGGAAGCAGCUAUGCAGAACUGCCAUUUUGACAUUUGUCUUCUUCGUGACCUCUUUUCAGGUGUUCCUCAGCUGAAGUUGCUCUGUGGUACAGAUAUCUUGGAAUCAUUUGCCGUCCCCAACCUCUGGAAGCCAGAAGACAUUUUGGAAAUCCUGACCAGCUACGGCAUGGUGUGCAUCACCAGAGCUGGGAACGAGGCCCAGAAAUUCAUCUAUGAAUCCGACAUCCUCUGGAGCCGCAAGGAAAACAUUCACCUGGUGGAGGAGUGGAUCAGCAAUGAAAUCUCAGCCACCAAAAUCCGGAGAGCCCUGAGAAGGUGCCAGAGCGUCCGAUACCUGGUAUCUGACAGUGUUCUGGCUUACAUUGAAAAGCACAAAUUAUACACUGCAGAGAGCGAAAACCAGAACAGUGGGGUCAUCUUAGCUCCUUUGCAGAGGUAUUGAUUUUGCAACUCGCAAGAUAGCAAAAAUGCUGAAGCCCCAGAAGGUUAUUGAACAGAACGGGGACUCCUUCUCUAUCCGCACAAUAAGCACUUUCCGGAACUAC